GACAUGUUGAAGAAAGAAGCUCUCCUCCUCAUUCCCAACGUGCUGAAGGUUUUCCUGGAGAACGGGCAGAUCAAAUCCUUCACGUUUGAUGGCCGAACCACUGUGAAGGACGUGAUGGUGACGUUGCAGGACCGCCUGUCCCUGAGACACAUUGAGCACUUUGCCCUGGUCCUGGAGUAUUCCAGCCCGGAGCAGAGCCACCGGUUCCUGCUGCUCCAGGACAAGCAGCCAUUGGCCCACGUUGUGCAGAGGACACACUACCAUGGCAUGAGAUGCCUUUUCCGUGUGAGCUUCUUCCCCAAGGACCCGGUGGAGCUGCUACGCCUGGAUCCUGCAGCGUUUGAGUACCUGUACAUCCAGAGCCGCAACGAUGUGAUCAGAGAGCGCUUCGGCACAGACCCCAAGCCAGAGAUGCUGCUGGGGCUGGCUGCCCUCCACAUCUACAUCACUGUCUCAGCCACCCGCCCCAGCCAGAAGGUCUCCCUCAAGAAUGUGGAGAAGGAGUGGGGCCUGGAGCCCUUCCUGCCCCCCUCACUCCUGCAGCUCAUCAAAGAGAAGAGCCUCCGGAAAUCCCUCUCGCAGCAGCUCAAAGCCCACCAGAAUCAGCCUGGAGGCACCAAGGUCUCCACAGCCCAGGCGAAGCUGCAGUACCUGAGGAUCCUGAACGAGCUGCCCACCUUUGCUGGGGUCCUCUUCAACACAGUGGGACUGGACGAGAAGCAGCCAGCCACCACGCUUCUGGUGGGACCCCGGCAUGGCAUCAGCCACGUCAUCGACCUCAAGACCAACCUCACCACAGUGCUGUCGGAGUUCAGCAAGGUCAGCAAGAUCCAACUGUUCAGGGAGAACCAGGGGGUGGCCCGCGUGGAGACGAGCAUCCUGGAUGCCAAGCCACUGGUGUUGCUGAUGGAGUGGCCUGAAGCUACCAACUUCGCCUGCCUGAUCGCAGGCUACUGCCGUCUUCUGGUGGACUCCAAGAAGAUGAUAUUCUCCAGGGCCCUCAGCCAGCCGCCCCCGACUCAGAUUAUCAAGGCAGAUUACAUCAACGCACACAACCUCCACCGGUCUGCCACGGCGGCGGGGCACACGGGAAAGAAAGAGAGCGGGUUGGUGGGUGGCUCUGCCACCAGCGCGGGAGCAGCCGGGGCUGCAGCCACCAGGGCUUUGGACUCGGAGCUCAUCAGCUUUUGCUACCUGCACAUGCAAGAGCAGAGGAAGGAAAGAGAGAGCAGGACGGAUAUCAAUGAAAACCUGAUUUUUUUUGAGGAAACUCGUCCCAGGACCAAAUCUGACCCCACUUCCAAAAGCUCUGGCCAAGGCUACAAUGGGGCAGCUAACAAGUACGACCCGGAUGGCCUUGACCUAGACAGGCACGCGAGCAGGGCCAGGGCACACACUAUAGACACCCACCUGCGGAGCGACACCUCGCACUUCUACUGCAAGUCCUGCCAAGCCAAAAUCAAGAGCCGGCUGGCCUCAUGCAAGGGCGGCAAGCCUGGCAGUGCCCGGGACAAUAUGGUGGACUUGAUGUCGCUUCCCCCUCCCGGGAGCGAUGAAGAAGAAGACGAGACGACGUCCCUGCUCCCCGCCAUUGCCGCCCCUCCUCCCGGCUUCCGAGACAACAGCUCGGAUGAGGAUGACCCCAAGCGCCGAGCAGCUGCCCAAAGCCAGGAGCAGGGCCGGCACCUCUGUGGUAUCCUCUACGAUGAGAUCCCUGUCACGCUAAUAGACAAUGUGCAACCACGGACAGUCCGAGACCAUGCCCAAGAGCUGGAUGAUGCCCUGGUGUCCACCCUGCAGGCGCUGGAAGCCCUGGCUGCUUCAGAGGAUUGUCCGCAUCCCCCACCGCAACAGACAGCAGGUCUUAUUGUCCUGGCUGCCAUCACUCCUGAGUCAUCCUUGGAUUCUGGCCAUGAAACCAACUCUUCAGAGCUAACUGAUGUCUCGGAGAUGGUCUCUGCUAUGAAGCAGCAUCAGAACGCAGCCUACUUCCUCGCUCAACACAUCAACAAAGAAAACCUCCUGGCCAGAAAGGACUUGCCUUUCCGAAUCCAGAGUUGUGCUGCCCAGGCUGUUCUCACCUCACCCUACCCCCUCAGCCACCAGGAGCCGAGCCCUUCAUUGAAGCCAGCUUUCUCUCACCCAAGCCCCAACCUUACCAAUUGCAAGAGCAAACAGGAGCAGCAGCAUGCCGAGCGGAGCUACACCUUGGCUGUCCAGCCAGUGCUGACCCCCCAGCUUAACGAGCAGAACAGGGGGGCUCCAGUGCCAGGCUUUGAAUGCAAAUGUGCAGGCCACACAAAAGCUGCCUUUGAGGUAUCUCUGCAUGCCACAGCAGCCCUGAGCAGGGAGCAGUCACAGGAUCUACAAGAGAAGAUGCCCAAAGAGGUCCAGCCGAGCUCCAAGCUCCUCCUGGAACAAAAAAGUGGUGUAACUCCAGCCGUCAUUUCAGCUGCUCUGCAGCAAGUGGCAAAUGCAAAAGGCUCAGCUCCCCAAGUGGUAGCAGCCUCAAAAGAAGACAAGAACAUGAAUGGUACCAGCAGCUGUGCAUCAACCAGCAGCAAGCCUUUGAAACUUAAAGGAGGUCCACAAACUGCAGAGACAUUAUGCAACUGUCAGCAGCAGCAGCAACUCUCUCCGCAGCAGCACUGUGAAGUUUCUCCAAGUCCUAAAGAAGCUCAUGGCAGUAAGGCUGAAGCUUUCCACCUCACCCCAGCAGGUGAGGAGAUUGUGCCCGGUAAGACUUUUGCCUCUAAAAGCUACCAGCAAAAAGUGAGUAGAGAUGCUCCAGGAAAAGCUGCAAGCGGAGAGCCAGGUCAGAAGGCAGGUGGCGAAGCCACGAGCCUCAUCUUUCAGAAACACACAGCUCCUUCAAACCAAGGACAGAAGGUGCAACAGGAAAGUUCAGCCAAAAGCUUAAAAGCUGAGAGUAGCAACCUGCACUCUCCACCACCUGGUAGCACUUUCAGGGGCACCAGUGAGGAACCCAAAGGGCCAAUCCAGCUGGUGCCCAGAUCCGAAAGCCUGCAGAUCAGCACUGUGCCUUCCAAAAAAGUAGAAAAAGUCCUGGAGGUGACCCAACAAGAUGCUGAUGUCCCAGCUAAACCCAAAGCUCCAAAAGCUCCCUUCAGGUUAAGGAACCUGUUCGCUGCAACAUUUCCAACCCGGCUGAAGAAGGAGACGGAUGAGCGGCAGGCCCAGUUGCAGAAGGUAAAGCAGUAUGAGCUGGAAUUCCUUGAAGAGCUGCUCAAGCCAAAGAGCAAAGGUGACCUCCCACCACAGGAGUAUCUACACCCUCCUGCCCAUGGGCGCUGCAGCUGCCAGCUAAGGAGCAGUCCUGUGCAGAAAGUCCCAGGGAUGUCCAGGGAGCAAAGGCGCAGCUGUGACUGCAAGCGGAUUUGCAGGGGGGCAAGGCCACCCCCUAACCAGCUGGUGAUGCCAGAACUGGAGAGAAGAGGGAAGGGUAAAGUUACCGAUGACCAGAAGCAGGCAGAAGCCAUUAGGUUGACAAGCAUGAGCAGCCCUUCCAAAGGCAAGCGGAUACGAUCCACAAGUUUAGAGUCCAGAGACUACCUGUCAGAUCCAGAGAACAGUGUGUCCUGUUUGACAACGUGCACUUCCCGGGGGGAGUGCAUGGGUGCUCCACACUACAGGAAGCUCUUGCGUCGCUACAGUGUCAGUGAACUAGAUAAGACUGAUAGGACAUCCCUGUCCUCUGACAUCUACCAGAACAUCUAUACAACCAAGCAGAAAGGUCCCCAGAAAGAGCCUGAGCCCAGCAUCCUUUGUCCUGUUUUGAAGAGCAAAAUCCAGGAAGUCUCUGGAAUGGUUGACCCCUCCUAUGUCCAGAUAGCACAGGAGAAAAAGAACCAGAAGGGUUCAGCAGUGUUCUCUGUCCAGGAGGAGAUGUAUCCAAGUCCUGCUGAGCUGCCAGAUGAAGACAUGGAGGAUGAAAAGUGCUGCUCCAUCCGGUACUGCUUCUACUACAGGAAAUGCGAUGUUGCAGAUGAUGGGAGCGAGAAGGAUGAGCUGUCCUAUUCCAUCCCCAUGCAGAUACUCCCAGGAAUGAAGCUGGACAAUCAGAUGGUCCCAGUCAUGAGCAGGACUCUUCAGGUCCUAGAUGCAACAGCCUGCAGCAGUUCCAAUGACAGUGAGACCCAGGAAAUAGACUUAAGGACCUCCAGUUUUGAGGGGAGCUUGGCAAAGAUCAACACCCUUCGAGGCCAUGCCUACAGCUUUCCCAAUGGGUUUCUGCAAGUGCAGCUGGACACCAAUGAGCUCCUGACUAUCCUGAGGCAGUGUGUGGUGAGCCCGGACAUCCAGGACUGCAAACCCCACAUCUCCCAGCUGGCAGAGUACAAGCAAGAGCUCACUCUCAAGUUCAAGGAGUUCCGGGCAUCCUGCCGCCGCAUGGCAGCCGUCAACAAGAGUCCGACUCACAUGCUCUCCGCCAUCACAAGUAGCUUCCAGGUGCUAAGCAGCCUCAUCGAGACGUUUGUGAGGCUGGCGUACGUCGUGCGCUCGGGGUACCAGCGCCAAGAGCUGCUGACGAAGGUGGAAGAAGUGGUGAGAAACUACACCUUCCUCCUGAAAGCUGCGGAGGAGUCCACAGCCAGAACACUGAGCCACCAGCAAACGGUGGAGCAGCUUGCCCACCAGUCAGCCACAGUUGCCACUGUCAUGAGCACGCUCACACGCUCCCUAAAGACGUUGAUCAAUAAGUAA